UCGGCUCUCCCUCCUUUCCCUCCCUCCGUCCUCUCUCUCUUCUCCCCCAGUCCGUUCUCCCUUCGUCUUCAGCCCAAGCGCGGCCCGCCAGGCGGGCUGGCAGGAGGGCGGCGGCGGCGGCACCACCAUGAGCCUUGAGGGCGGCCACAGCGGCGGUCGCUGCCACGGGGCGCAGAGCCGGGACCCCGAGCCGCCCCCGCCGCCGCCGCCGCCGCCGCCAGCGGAGUCGGCCUCGGACCCCGCGCACCCGCGCUACCUGCCGCCGCUGCCCGCGCCGCCGGUGCUCUCCGAGCGCGCGGCAGGGCCGGACGAGCCGCCGACCGAGGCGGUCCCGCGGCGCAGGGGCGCGGAAGAGCUGCCGCUGCCCCUGCCGCCCGCCGGCCAGGAAGGGUCGGCUGCUGGCGACCCCGGGGAAGGGCCGAGGCGCCCUUCGGAGCCGGCAGUCCCUGAGGCGGCGGCGGGGAAGGGCGGCCCUGGAGAGCCUGAGGCCGGCGCGGGCGCGGAGGGCGAGCGGCGGGGUGCCGGCGACCAGCCCGAGACGCGCUCGGUGUGCAGCAGUCGCAGCAGCAGCAGCAGCGGCGGCGGCGACCAGCGCGCCGGGCACCAGCACCACCAGCCCAUCUGCAAGAUCUGCUUCCAGGGCGCCGAGCAGGGGGAGCUGUUAAACCCCUGCCGAUGUGAUGGGUCAGUUCGCUAUACACAUCAGCUGUGCCUGCUAAAGUGGAUCAGUGAGAGGGGUUCCUGGACAUGUGAGCUCUGCUGUUACAGAUACCAUGUCAUAGCCAUUAAAAUGAAACAACCUUGCCAGUGGCAAAGCAUUUCUAUAACACUGGUUGAGAAAGUUCAGAUGAUUGCUGUAAUCCUAGGAUCCCUGUUCUUAAUAGCGAGUGUGACCUGGCUCCUCUGGUCAGCCUUCAGCCCCUAUGCAGUGUGGCAGAGGAAGGACAUCCUUUUUCAAAUCUGCUAUGGAAUGUAUGGUUUUAUGGAUCUAGUGUGCAUAGGUCUCAUUGUCCAUGAAGGAGCUGCAGUUUAUAGAGUGUUUAAACGCUGGCGAGCUGUUAACUUACACUGGGAUGUAUUAAAUUAUGAUAAAGCUACAGACAUCGAGGAAAGUAGCCGGGGAGAAUCUUCCACAAGCAGGACUUUAUGGCUGCCCUUGACGGCUCUGCGAAAUAGGAACUUGGUCCACCCGACGCAGUUAACCUCCCCAAGGUUUCAGUGUGGCUAUGUGUUAUUACAUCUUUUCAAUCGGAUGAGGCCCCAUGAAGAUCUGUCAGAAGAUAACAGCUCAGGAGAGGUUGUGAUGAGAGUGACUUCAGUGUGACAAAAGCGUAAGGUGGCACGGUGUGGAACACCCUGCACAUUUGGGAAUGUAAUUGCAAUGAAUUGGUAAAACCAUAGCACUUCAAAAAACACACAUCUAUGAACUUUUUAAAAUUUAUGCUUUUUAUAUGAACAUUUGAAUUGCAAAUACAUUUUUCUGAAAAAAAAAAGAGUCCUCUUGUUUUUUGUUUCCUGGUUUAUCACAUCUUUUAUAAGUUGGUACUUGAAAUCAUUGUACAAAUAAUUUAACUAUACAUAGCUAAAAGAAGGAUGAAAGUUAUCCUUAAGGUCAAAACUAUUUUUCUUGCUUGUUUUAAAUAUAUUUUCAUCAAACUUUUUGCUCCAUGUGUAGUUUUUCAGACAUGCAGUGAAUGGGGAAGAGUUUAGAAUGCUGUGGGCAGA